AUGCCGAUCAACCGCAUUUGCUAUGGCGACCAGAGCGGCGAGAACGCCGGUUCCCUCUGCUAUCCCGAGCUCUGCGGCGACCUCAUCCACUGGUCGUGCUACUUCUGCCACGGCGACCUGACGAUCUACGCCGAGCCCGAGCCGCAGACCGCGUACGCGUCCGCGGCGCCAUACGCAUCUCCGUCUUCAUCGUCCUACGCUGCGCCGCCCACGUCCUACGCGCCAUCCUACGCGCACUAUGCGCCAUCAUACGCGCACUACGCACCCACCAACCCAACCUACGCGGACGACACCCCCGAUCCUGCCGGUGACUCACGCCAAGCCUGGGGGCCGGGGUGGGGCACGACCUGGGGCUCGCACCGCGCCGAGGCUGAUGUCCCCCAAGUCUCGCAGCGCACGCAAACUCCUCUACCCACUAAGUUUUCGCACAACUCCCGACCCGCGAAUACUUCGCGCGACUCACAGGAUUCGCAGAACUCGCAAGAAUCGCAGGAGGCGCGGGAAUCGCAGGGGUCGCAAGACUCACAGGACGUGAAGGGUAAGAAGAAGAAGCGGUAA